CGCAGUAACCACCACCGAAGCAACUUGUUUUAAAGUAAUUUAUAAAAAUGCCGAAAGAUGACCCAGAGACCGCAGCGUUAAAAAAGGAAUUGAAUGACAUUAUCGCCAAAGCGAAGGCGGAACAGGAAAAAGUCGCGGAUGCAAAACUAGCUGAAAAAUGCGGCGAUAUGGCAGAUGUUCCUAAGAUUCGUCUUAUAACUAAGAAAACCUUGAAAGGGCACAUUAAUAAAGUUAACUCCGUCCACUACAGCGGGGACUCUAGGCAUUGCGUGACAGGUUCUUUGGAUGGUAAACUUAUCAUCUGGGAUACUUGGAGCGGUAACAAGGUACAAGUAAUACCCUUGCGCUCUGCCUGGGUGAUGAGUGUCGCAUUCGCUCCCUCUGGAAACUUUGUCGCAUGUGGCGGUAUGGACAACAUGUGCACGGUGUAUGAUGUUAACAACCGGGACGCCACGGGCUCUGCGAAGAUGGUGCGUGAGCUGGCCGGCUACGAAGGGUUUCUCAGUAGCUGUCGUUUCCUUGACGAUACGCACAUACUCACAGGCUCCGGGGACAUGAAGAUAUGCGUCUGGGAUUUAGAAGUCGGAAAGAGAGAAGUUGAGUUUGACGCUCACGCAGGUGAUGUGGUGACCAUAUCGUUAGCACCAGACAUGAAGACGUACGUCACUGGUUCCGUUGACAAGACUUGCAAACUGUGGGAUGUGCGGGCUGAGAAAGAAAAACAAACAUUCUUCGGCCAUGAAGCGGAUGUGAACAGCGUAUGCUACCAUCCUAGUGGUCAAGCAUUUGCAACUGCGUCUGAAGAUAAGACAGCGCGAUUGUUUGAUAUUCGUAGCGAUCAGCAGCUCGGUCACUACACUCCGCCCGGUGCCAGUGGUUUUACUAGUUGCGGGCUGUCGGUUAGCGGUCGGUAUCUACUAGCUGGCUCUGACGACAACACCGUUCACUCCUGGGAUACUCUAAAAGUCGCCCAUACAGGAACAUUAAACGGACAUGAAAACAGAGUGACGUCAAUUUCGUUGGCACCGAGUGGCAUAGCGCUGGCGAGCUGCUCCUGGGACCAGGGCGUGAGGGUCUGGGGUUGAAUCUCUUUAUCCAAUCAGUUACUUAAAAUUAAAAAAAAACCGUAGACAAUUCUCAUUUCCUUAUGAAAAAUAUACAUAGCACUAUAUAAUUACUAUGUCAUACAACAACUCACAUAGGUUUAGUUGGAGUUGUUUCCAAUCUUUGUAUUUAUUAUAAUUAUAUUUUAGUCUGUGAACAUACUAAUUAUAUAAUGAAUAGUCGGUAGAUUUCAAACUCAAAAAAUACACACGCUAUACACUAGAUAUUAUAGUAAUCAUUGUAUUCAAUAAAUUAUAACAUGCAUUCUAAAGAAAUUGCUGAUCACAUUUUCUGCUUUCCUAAUAAUUAUCCUAUAAAACAAUAUUUUUUUAAGAAAUUAAAUAUUAAAUAUAUAAUAUAUACCACUUUUCGUUUAUGUUUAUGGAAAUAAAUAAUGCUAAUUCAUUUUUUAAUUAUUUUAUCGAAUCAAUAUUAGAUUUAUUGU